AUGAGGUUCAUUGCAAAGUUUGAGGAAGACUGCAGGGCCCAUCCAACUCCAACUCCGUUUCUCAAGGAUCGAAUAAUGAGGAGCAACCAUUUGUUGGAAAGUCAGUCACAGUUUUCUGGUCAUACUGUGGAACCAAGGAUUGCAGUGGGAACAGAAGAAUUGCUGUCUGGAAAUACCAUACCUCUCUGUGCCACUGGCAAUUCUUUUGAUGGAUCAACUGCUCAAAUUUUCCAGAACGAGACAGUUGCUCCAACAAAUAUGCCAGAGUUGGACUGGCCUCAGGCUUUCAAUCGAUUGGCUGAGAAGGCUGAUGAUGGAUCUGAAACUAUGGAUGAUGGCCUCUUGAUUCCUGAGUCACGAAGAGGGCUAAUCCUGACAACCCAGCUGAUGCAUCAUCUUAUUCCAGCUGUACCAGCUAAGGUAUUCAAAGGAGAGACCACUAGAGCUUAUGAAAGUGUGACAUUCUCCAUUGCUAAAUCAGCACUUGCGGAUGCAUGCAGCCUCUCCUGUUACUCGGAAAGUGAUUCCCAUUUGCUGAUGCAACAUGAAAAUAUAAUUUUACGGGUGAGAUCUAUGUAAUAUGGGCACAUACUUUUUCCCACAAUAUAUAUAGAUUUAUCGAG